GUGGUCGUUAUUUGCAGUGUUAUGUGGGAAGGGUCGGUAUCACGUACAUUUUAGCAGGGUGGUGAGGUUUUUUCUUAGUUAAUUCUAAGGUCGCCUCGGAAUGGAUGAGCAAGAGGGUCGAACUCUUGUGCUUGCUGAGCUCAAAAACGCCUACCCUCGGUCAGUGCCUUUUAGACACCUGCUGCAACAGCUACGGUUUGAAUCGAAAGCAGCUCUUAACCGUCUGUUGUAUAAGAUGCUUGAACAGAAGGACAUAAGAAGAGCCCGUGUAAGCCCUCCGAUGUGGACUCUGUUCAGCACACCGGCAGAUGGUAUGGCUAAGGAGCCUUUAAGUUGUGCUACAGAAGAUCAAGAACUAGAAGGUGUCUUGUCUGGUCUUCCAGUUGUUGAACAGCAGUUGGUUUGUGAAUUAUAUGACAUGGCUCCCAAAUUGUGUCGUGCAGUUGAUCUUGUGAAAUCUUUGGGUUUGUCAAACAAAGAGGAAGCUAACAAGCAUUUGUAUGCUCUCAAGGAACGUGGCUUGGUGCAGGUAGUUAAUGAAGAACAGGGAGGGAAUCCAUUGUGGAAGUGUAAUUCUGUGAAAAUGCAAGGAAUUGGAACCAGAACUUUUACUUCUGAAGGUCAAGACAAGGAGCAGACAAAUUCUGGACGUAGCUCACAGAAUGUAGAUAGAUUGCAUAUGAAGUCAGAGGUAAGGAGGCAGAAGAAAGAUGAAUUUCAACCAUAUAACCAUCGAGGAGAUCCAUAUUUGCAUCAGAACAUACAUCAGAGUAGACGGAAAAGUAAUGGACAAGGUUUUAAACAGAUACCUGCUGGUAGACAACAGCUACAUCAACGACGACAGCAGCAGCAACAACAGCAGUAUAGCGAACGUUGUAGACAGCGAAAACAUAAAACUUUUGAUGAGCAGCAAGUCUGUUACUGGAAGGAUGAGAAGCAAAUUGAAAAUGAAGAUGGUGAAGACUUAUUUGUGAAUAGCGGAAGUGACACUAGGAAUGUGCAGUUAGAUGGAGACUCGCUGAAAAUUUCUGUGUCGUUCAAAGAAUCUGAUAGCAACAAUUAUGAGACUUCAUCCUACUUUCCAUUGAACGCAAGUUGUCAGGAAGAUGAGUCAGAACAGCAGCGUGAGAAAUUGAAAUCUAACUGUGUGGAUGUCAACAGGAAAGUAGCCAUUGCACAAUCUUUUUCUGAAACGUCGGCUGUAAGACACACUGUUGAUAGAACUGGAAGUGAUGAUGUAAGCAGUUCCUUACACAGGACCUUUAGCCCACCAUCAGAUAAAACUGUACAUACUCCACUGUCGUUAUCUUCUCACACAAUCAGUCCAAGAAGCAAUGUUGAUAGAACUGGAAGUGAUGAUGUAAGCAGUUCCUUACGCAGGACCUUUAGCCCACCAUCUGAUAAAGCUGUACAUACUCCACUGUCGUUAUCUUCUCUCACAAUCAGUCCAAGAAGCAAUGCAACCCCAUCACCCCACUUGUCUUUACAACAACCUAUCUUACCAGGAAACGAGUCUACAUUUGCAAAAUUAAGUGUUGGCUUGCCACCUCAAUCUAGUGUACAUCUAACCUCAUUUUCACCAUCAAAUUCUGCCAAUGGAUUUUCUCAUAGGGAAUCAUUACAUCCACAACGACCUUCUUUAGCUCAAAUGAAAGCUCUGGUUGGACCUGGUAAUGUACGCUCUCCUUCUUCCUUACCAGGAUUGCUGAACCGACCACCAACACAGUUUGGAGUGCCCACCCAGCCUAGCUUGAGAAUGCUGGUUACUGAUCCGAAACUAGUGGCAAAUCAAACAGCAGCUUCUUCCGCAAUGGGGCAAUUUCUACCUCUUUCAACCACUACUAUUUGUCCAAGAAGCCACUCUGUGCCAGCACUGCAUGUCCAACAGCAGCAGUUAGCUGAGAUAUGUUUGGAACAUAAAGUAGAACCACGAUAUGAUGUUGCACAGGAUAGUUUGGGAAAGUGGACAGCAGUGGUGCAGUGUGGGAAGGAGGUAUAUACAGUAUCUGGCUGUAAUUCUGAUACUGAUGCUAAGGAGAGAGUUGCCACCGUUGCAGUUUCUCAACUACAGAAAAGAACCGAAUCGCAAGCAGAUGAAGCCAUCUCACCUGAUCAGACUCAGGUGAAACCAAACCUUGUAAAUGAUGUUGACUACAAGUGGCUUUUGAAGGUACAAUGUGAAGAUCAGUACAAAGUCACACCUGAAUACAGUGUAAAGAGACUGGGAGGUCGAUAUUCUGGAGUUGUAUGUAUUGGAACAAAACAAACAUAUGCUACCUGUAAACCAUAUCCAACUAGAAAGCAGGCAGAGAUAGAGGCUGCCAAAUUGGCUCUUGCUUCAAUGCAGUCUCAAGGGGAUGAUGGGAAGCCUGAAGCUGGCAUCUCAUUCAAGAAUUCAUUGCAACAAUACUGUCAGAAACUAAACUACCCAUACCCAGUCUAUGAGACAAAGCAGAUUGAUCAACACUCAUUUGAGAGUACAGUACGAUUUUAUAAAGCAGGGCAAAGUCUACAGUCUGCACCAAGUGAAGAGCAUAGCAAAGGUGGAUUUUUGACAAAGAAGGCUGCUGAGCAAAGUGCAGCAGAAGAAGCUCUUAAACUCACAUGGAAACGCAACUGA